AUGCCCAAUUAUGUUGUCACUACCAAAGCCUACUUAAAAAUAAUUCUUCAUGCUUGUAAACAUCCGUUCACUAGUGUAAAUGGAAUUCUUUUGGCCGAAGAAACUUUUGAAGACGAUAGUAGUGAUGUUAAAAUAAUAAUUGUCGAUGUUGUUCCUUUAUUUCAUCAUUGGGCUACUUUAACACCGAUGUUGGAAGUUGGUUUACAACAGGUCUCCGUUUACGCUAAUAGAAAUCAACUUAAAAUGGCCGGUUAUUACCAUGCUAACGAAAGAGCUGACGAAAAUAAAUUGCCACCUUUUGGCCAAAAAAUUGCAUCAAAAAUUCAAGACAAUUUUCAUAAUUCAAUUGCUCUCGUUCAGAAUACAAAAUUAUCACCUAACAAUCCAGAGAUCGCAAUUGUGCCCUAUAUUUUUAAAGAUAAUCAAUGGCGUCUUGAUAAUAAAGCAUUUUCAGGUUCUCUAUCACCCUUCACUCUUGAAAACCCAAAUGUACCAAGCAUAACAUCUCAAUCAAUUUCCAAAAGGGAUUUUGAAGUUAUAUAUGAUUUUGAUGAACAUCUAGAAAAUGUAGAAUUAGAUUGGUUGGAAAAUUCCAAAUUAGCUGAAUUGAUACAUGGAGACAAAAAAAGAGCAUAA